GCCGCCUGUCUGCUAACUGUUAGCUUCCGUUAGCAGAGCCGCUCACCCAACAGACAGACAGACACGUAGACACACAGUUUACACAUGUGGAGGUUACGCUGGAAGCAAUGCUAGCUCCGGAUAAGGAGUCCACCGCUUUUCCCACUCCAACCAACUAAGCUCCUGGCCCAGCCAUGUUCGGCACAGAGUCAUCAUUAAGCAUGUUUCUCAACACCUUGACACCCAAGUUCUACGUGGCUCUGACCGGCACUUCAUCCCUCAUAUCAGGACUCAUAUUGGCUUUUGACGAUGAUGACAGUCAGUUACUUUUUCAUGUUAAUAUACCUGAAACUUUGGUGUACACUGCAAACAUUGAAAUCAAAAUCUUUGAGUGGUGGUAUUUCAGGAAAUAUGGGACCUCCUUCAUAGAGCAGGUGUCUGUGAGCCACCUGCGCCCCCUGCUGGGCGGAGUGGACAGCAGUUCUCCCAGCAACUCCAACACAAGUAACGGGGAUGCUGACUCCAAUCGGCAAAGCGUAUCCGAAUGUAAAGUGUGGAGAAAUCCUCUAAAUUUAUUUCGUGGAGCAGAAUAUAAUCGUUACACAUGGGUAACGGGUCGAGAGCCGCUCACUUACUACGACAUGAAUCUGUCGGCGCAAGACCAUCAAACCUUCUUCACAUGCGACUCAGACCACCUGAGACCAGCUGACGCAAUUAUGCAGAAGGCAUGGAGGGAAAGGAACCCGCAGGCUCGCAUCUCUGCAGCACAUGAAGCUCUAGAGCUUGAAGACUGUGCGACGGCAUAUAUCCUUCUAGCAGAGGAGGAAGCCACCACCAUAAUGGAGGCCGAGCGAUUAUUUAAACAGGCGCUUAAAGCUGGAGAGGGCUGCUAUCGGCGCAGCCAGCAGCUCCAGCACCACGGUACACAGUAUGAGGCCCAGCACAGAAGAGACACCAAUGUGUUGGUGUAUAUAAAGAGGAGGCUGGCCAUGUGCUCCAGGAAGCUGGGAAGAACACGGGAAGCAGUGAAGAUGAUGAGAGAUUUGUGUGUUUUCCAGUUAAUGAAGGAGUUCCCUCUCCUCAGUAUGUUCAACAUCCACGAGAACCUGCUGGAGUCGUUACUAGAGCUCCAGAACUACGCCGACGUCCAGGCGGUUCUGGCCAAGUACGACGAUAUUAGCUUACCCAAGUCUGCAACAAUAUGCUACACAGCAGCCUUGCUCAAAGCCAGGGCGGUAUCGGACAAGUUCUCUCCAGAGGCGGCGUCCAGGCGGGGCCUGAGCACAGCAGAGAUGAAUGCAGUAGAAGCCAUCCACAGAGCGGUGGAGUUCAACCCCCACGUCCCCAAAUAUCUGCUGGAGAUGAAGAGUUUGAUUCUUCCUCCAGAACACAUCCUGAAGAGAGGCGACAGCGAAGCCAUCGCCUACGCCUUCUUCCACCUCCAACACUGGAAAAGGGUGGAGGGGGCACUCAACCUGCUGCACUGCACAUGGGAAGGCACGUUCAGAAUGAUUCCAUAUCCUCUGGAAAAGGGUCACCUCUUCUACCCCUACCCCAUCUGCACAGAGACGGCCGACAGAGAGCUGCUACCCAGUAAGAGGCACUCAAAGACACACACAGUCAGAGAAGUGUUUCAUGAGGUGUCGGUCUACCCCAAGAAGGAGCUGCCCUUCUUCAUUCUCUUCACCGCGGGUCUCUGCUCCUUCACCGCCAUGUUGGCUCUACUCACACACCAGUUUCCAGAACUCAUGGGAGUGUUUGCUAAAGCUUUCCUCAGCACUCUGUUCGCUCCUCUGAACUUCAUCAUGGAGAAGGUGGAGAGCAUCCUGCCGUCCAGCCUCUGGCAUCAACUCACUCGCAUCUGACCCCGACCGACCCAGGAGCAGCACCAGAGAGCUGAGCUCUGUGCUAAACAAACUGCUGAACAGAUAUCCAGAAUGCUGCGUUGGACUGGACUGACACACCUUUGUGCCAACAUUAGAGUUCAAACCAAACAGGAAGCAGAUCCCCGGGAGCAGAACAGCCAUAUCCAUCACGGGUUUGGACUUUCUUUGACGCGUUUGCAUUUUGAGGGCAUUUCAGUCGUCAAAAGCUGUUCUUUUGUUGUACAAACAGAGGUGAUUAAAUGCCAUCAAUAAAAAAAAAGGGAAAAAAUGUCAAUAAACAACUUUUUUUGUGUAUCUCUGCAA